AUGUUAAGCACUGAAGAGCGAGUGCUAGAAUGGUUUCAUCACAUCUACCACAACGAUACCGCCACCACUCUGAUCCUCAACGCAACCGAGUUUCGGCGGCGGUUUUUUACAAUACUGGACUCCAAUCUGACCAGCGCGAUGAACGGCUCAGGGAAACUGUAUCAGCAUGCGUUCGAGUUUCAGAAUAUUUCCGACCACAAUAUUACGCACGAAUACGUAAACGACUUUCUGGAGAAACUUUUCCAAUCGCUGAAUAAGCUCAAUCGAACCGUUGCCAGCGACGGCGGCGACAACGAUUGGGACGGCGAUUACGGGGAGCAUGCAAACUGCAGCGACUACUGCAAAGGGCCAGUUCGGGAUGUGAUGAUGGAAUAUAAAUCUAUGCACGGUUAUAUUACGCUGGUGAUAUGCGUUUUUGGAACAAUCGCCAACAUUCUAAAUAUAAUCGUGUUAACGCGGAAAGAAAUGAGCAAAAUCCCAAUCAAUCGAAUUCUGAAGUGGCUCUCUGUAACCGAUAUGUUCGUUAUGAUCGAGUACAUUCCGUUUGCAUUUUAUAUGUAUUCGAUACUGCCAGAUCGCCGAGAUUACCCUUAUUCGUGGGCUGUGUAUCUAAUGUUUCAUAUGCAUUUUACACAAAUUUUGCACACAAUUUCGAUAUUACUCACGGUAACACUCGCUGUUUGGAGGUACAUUGCGAUUAAACGUCCUCACAGUUCAUUAGCCCUGUACGCCCAGACCAAUUAUAGCUAUGCAAUUCUGUUUUGCUACAUGCUAGCACCAAUCCUGUGCAUGCCCACGUAUUUUGUUUUCACAAUACGACAGACGAACGUGUUCGAGCAUGAUACACAUGUGACUUUAUAUCAUCUCGAUGCAGAUGAAAAUACCUCACUUUAUCGAUAUAACUUCUGGAUCCACUCGGUCAUCAUAAAGCUGCUGCCGUGUGCGAUCCUAACUAUAAUAAGUUGUGUGCUGAUCCGCGUGCUGUGGAAGGCAAGCAAAAGAAAGCAGAAGCUCAAACAAGGAGUGAAUUUUAGCAGCAAAAAUGGUACAAUUACCGCGGCUUCCGAACCGAGUCAUGGCACCAGUAAUAACAACGCUGUGACCAACUCCACGGGAAAUGCGGCGGCCGUUAGCAAUGGAAGCAGGCAGACGAAAGCGGAUCGCCGGGCGGACCGUACCACCACCCUGCUGGUGGCCGUCCUGAUGCUGUUUCUAUUCACCGAAUUUCCCCAGGGCAUACUGGGUUUGCUGAGUGGCAUCCUGGAGAAGUGCUUCUUCAAGCGAUGCUACGAUCUGUUCGGCGAGGUGAUGGAUCUGCUAGCCCUGAUCAACGCCGCCAUCGGUUUCGUACUGUACGGACUUAUGUCCAAACAGUUUCGCACUAGUUUUAAGUCGGUUUUUUGCAAUGCUCCAACCCAUAGAGUUGAGAUUACGAGAAUGACUGGAUUAACCACCACGUGUGUAUGA